AUGGAGAAAAAAAAGUUUGUUAAAGCGAAAAAUAUUCCAAAAGGUGAGGUUUUACCUUUUCAACCGCAACAAAUGAAAUUCAGAGACAGACUGAAAGCUAAUUCAAUAAUAUUGUCAAUGAUGACAGAAAAUUCUUCUUUGGGGCUAUCAGGGAUUCAAACUGAAGCAGUUUGCAUAUCAUAUGAUCUCAAUCAACCCACAAUCGACCAUUCUAAUGAAUAUUCACAACGUAAUUCGU